CUCCCAUGGAGUGAGCUGGCGAGAGACAGAAGGGAGGAAACCCCAGCUGGAGAGGAAACUCUUAACUCUAAUGAGUUCAAAGUGAAGAAAGGAUGGGAUAUUUUCGCAGGGUCGGCCCUGAGACAGUGAAAUAAAACCGUCUCCACUAGACCUUGAACAAAAGUCCGAAACUUGUUUGACACAUAAUCGAGCCCAUGUAUUGGGAUGUGUUUCCGCAAGGCCUGUAAGAAGGCCCGGGACAGAGGUGAUCGGGGAGGGAUGAGGUGCAAUCAGGCUGCGAUGCCGAAUCUUAUCCCAGAUUGCCAGACACUCAAGUACUACAAGAUUAUGUAUGCCUAAGGUUCUGCGGCUAUGGACUGGGGUCCAGAUUAAAACCUUUAGGAAAAUGUCAAAGGGCGCGGAGAAUGUUUAUGGGGGAAAUGGCGAGCUUGGAAGCAAUCCUCCAGACACAAACUGUAAAAGUGCCCAAACCUAUCAAGGUUAUAGACCAGCCAGGAGGGGGUGCUAUGCUGGUCAUGGAGCAUCUGGAUAUGGGUAGCUUAAACAGACACUCUGCAAAGCUUGGAGAACUGCUCGCUGAUCUUCACCUUCAUAACCAGAGUUUGCAAGAUAAAUUCGCCAAGGAGAGCAGGACUGUGGGUAAAGGGGCCGGGCAGUCGGACAUCCAGUACGUAGACCGGUUUGGAUUCCAUACUGUGACCUGCUGUGGAUAUCUUCCUAUGGUGAAUGAUUGGCAGGAUGACUGGGUCACAUUCUUCACUCGCCAGCGGAUCCAGAACCAGAUGGAUUUGUUAGAGAAGUCAUCAGGAGACAGAGAGGCUCGUGAAUUAUGGGCACAGUUACAGCUGAAGAUCCCAUCGCUUUUCACUGCCAUUGAGAUUGUACCUGCUCUUCUGCACGGAGACCUGUGGGGAGGAAACGUGGCCGAGGUUGGGUCAGCACCAGUCAUUUUUGACCCAGCCUCUUUUUACGGCCAUUCAGAAUAUGAGCUUGCGAUUGCCGGCAUGUUCGGAGGAUUCAGAGGUUCCUUCUACUCCGCCUACCACGACAAGAUUCCCGAAGCUGAAGGAUUUGACAAGCGCCUGAAACUUUAUCAGCUUUUUCACUAUCUUAACCACUGGAAUCACUUUGGUAGCGGAUACAGAGGGUCAUCCCUGAGUAUCAUGAGGGGUCUUGUUAAGUAAUCUCCUUAGGGGAACACAAGUGACUUUAUAGGGUCUCUUCAGCUCAUUUCGGCAGUGAUUCCUGCCUCGCAGUAUUCAGUAUAAUCUGUAGUCUGGAACUUUGUAAACAUCAAUGUCAUGUUAGCAAAUCUUUUUAUUAAACAAGCGACCGUUCCUUUGCUUCAGAGAGUCCAAUAGAGGUUUAUUUUUGUAAAAUGAUUGUUCCUGUGCUGAAAGUCAUUUGUGUUCCUUAUGCGGUGCUGAACACCGAUAGAACAAAGGCCUUGUGUCAUCAGCCAGACACGAUCUGUCUCUUUAGUAUUCAUGGCACUUUAUUGUUCUUCACUCUCCACCUACUGAUGCUGCUGUGUACAACCGGUAAACAGACAAUGAAAUAGCACUUAGUCUGACAUUCAAAUGAGUAGUUCUGUCUAUUUCCCUCCUCCUGUGUCAUGUGACAUCCAUCAGCCAAUCACAACUGCAUAUAGGUAUAUUCUGUGAAUUCCUGCACAUGCUCAGUAGGAGCUUGUUCCACAAAAAGUUUAAAUAUAAAAGACUGCACUGAAUGCUCUAUCUGUAUCAUGAAAGUUUACUUCUGACUUGACUGUCCCUUUAAAGGGACCUUGUAAUUUAUUAUUUUUUUAUCUCAGUCGGUGAAUGCGAUUUGUUUUUGUAUAAAUACCUUGUUUGUUGCUUUUGUUCUUCCUUCACCCGCCAGUCACCUUAUUUAGAGGAGCCAAUAACGAGUAGAUACUGCAUUAUUUUGCAGCAUGGUGCCAGUUAUGUACAGAUAUGUAGCAGGGUUGGGCUUGUGAAGUCUGCAGAAUGCACCUCCAAUUCACUGAACUGGAAAGCCCACCAUUUGCAGAGUUAAAUUACAGGAAAAGCAGGCAAGAUAAAACAUAAAUUAUAUUGUAAAUUAGUUUUACUAGACAAUGUGUGUAAAUACAACUCUGUAACUUAAAGGGACAGGGCACUGUAAAAAUUCCCCCCUUUCAUUUGUUCAUAAUUAUCCAUUAUACCUGCAGGAGUGUAUUAAACUGUUUACAAAUAUCACAUUUACCUUUAUUUUGGCAUUUGAAAUAACUUGUCUGAGCUAGCUCCACCUGUACUGAAUAUAUCAGUACUUAAAGGGACAGAAAACCCAAAUAUGUUCUUUCAUGAUUUAGGUAAAAUGGACAAUUUUAAACAAUUUUACAGUUUACUUCUAUUAUCAAAUUUGCUUCAUUCUCUUGGUAUCAUUUGUUGAAGGCAAAAUAGGCAGCAAUGCACUACUGGUUUCACUGAACACAUGGGUGAGCCAAUGACAGUCAAUAUAUAUAUAUGCAGUCACCAAUCAGCAGCUAGAACCUAGGUUCUUUACUUCUCCUGAGCUUUAGCCUAGAUAAACCUUUCAGCAAAGGAUAACAAGAGAAUGAAGCAAAUUUAAAUAAUAGAAGUAAAUUGGAAAGUUGUUUAAAAUUGUAUGUUCUAUCUAAAUCAUGAAAUAAAUUUUUUGGGUUUCAUGUCCCUUUAAAGUGAAUGUCAAUUUUCCGGUUUCUAAUCAUCAUUUUGGAUUAUCACUAUGCUUGCAAUAUAAACCGCUAUAAUUAUUUUUUUUUAAAUUCAUGUUGUUAUGUUAUAUUUUCUAUUACUACUUAUCUACGAUUUCAGUUUGAACUCCUCCCAUCCAUGACUUCCGGCUUGACAGCUUCUUUCCUUAUAGACAAUUCCCUCACACUCGCUUACGUAUGACUGGAGCGCGCUCCCGUGGGCAAAUCAAUUUGCGCAUGCGUUUCUCUUAGGAUUUCAAUAUGGGCUUGCGUGCCUUGUUCCGUUAUUCGUAUGUAAAUUUAAGAUUAGGGACCAAAGCGCAUGCGCUAAACAAGAACGAGCACGGAAUGUGGAUGACGAUCAGUCAAGACACGCAUGCGCAGUUGCAUCGGUUCAAUCGCGUGACGUAAGUGAAAAAGGGGCAGGACGCCACGGGGUACGAUGUAUAAUUAGUCACUGCGGUCUGUCAAUCAAAUGCAAAACGAGGGACAAGAUGGCGGGCGGAGGAUUAAAGUAAGAGAAUUCGGGUUUUAAAUGCUUCGUUACAGUAAUACAGUUAGAUUAGAAAAAAAUCAUGAAUUAAACUAACCUUUAUUUUAAUCGAUUAAUAAAUUAAGCAACAGCAGAAAGCGUGACUUUACAUACACUUUAAGCACUGGCUAUACAAAAGCUAUGUAAACAGAGACAGCAGAUGAAAUGACACUUCCAGCGGUGCAGAGUUAUUAGGAGAGAGAUAAAAUAAAUAACUAUUGGGUUUUGGUUUACAGACAGCUUUAAGAAUAAGGAAACAUUUUUGCGUAUAGAGCGUGAUAAGAUAGCGAGGUCUGAUUUAAUAGAUUUUAUACUCUGCUGCUGGUAAAACAAGUAACUGGAAAACUUUAUGCGGAAACCAAUUUUACAGUACACCGUCCCUUUAAAAAGAAACUAAUUUUACAGUACACUAUCCUUUUAAAGAGAAACUAAUUUUACAGUACACCGUCCCUUUAAAGAGAAACUAAUUUUACAGUACACCGUCCCUUUAAAGAGAAACUAAUUUUACAGUACACUAUCCUUUUAAAGAGAAACUAAUUUUACAGUACACCGUCCCUUUAAAGAGAAACUAAUUUUACAGUACACCGUCCCUUUAAAGAGAAACUAAUUUUACAGUACACUAUCCUUUUAAAGAGAAACUAAUUUUACAGUACACCGUCCUUUUAAAGAGAAACUAAUUUUACAGUACACCGUCCCUUUAAAGAGAAACUAAUUUUACAGUACACUAUCCUUUUAAAGGGAAACUAAUUGUAAUGUCAGUUCCCCUCUAGCUGGGGUGCUGAGUGAAAAUAACAAUAUGAAAUAGUAAGUAAGACCGUCCUAUUUAGCCUUUUGUUGUUAGAGCCACACUCCAUGCAUUCUAAGGGCCACAAAUUAAUUUGUUUGUGGGUCACAGAGCACUUAUGGUCAGUAAUGAUAUAGGUGGCAGCUGAGACCGCACAUUCAAUACGAUUCACUAACCUAAUAAAUACCUAAUAAAUACCUAAUAAAGAUGAGUAAUAUCGGGUACAUUUUUAUUGUGAAUAAAGUAGGUUUUUUUCUUCUUGCAUUUUAAAUUAUAUUAUUUUUUUUAUGGAUUUUCCUUUACUGACACAAAACAAAAACAUCAAACUAUGUAUUUGUCGUUGGCUACCAAUAAAGCAAUUUAAGCAACA